GUGCUGUAUCCAAUGAGCGUAAUAUUACCGUAAAUUUGGUGUGUAUUCGCUGUCAGUGGCUCUGGUUUGAUUCUACUGAGAGCAUCAUGGCUGGAUGGAAUAUUCGAUACCCUGCUCGUGAGAAAUCGUGAUUCGAUCCGAGGUCACCCUCUGCUCUGAUUGGCUGAGGCACGUUCGCUGCAGUCGUAAAACAAGACUAGAUAAAUUUACUAGCUCCUGACCACAAAGCGUUGAAUGUCAAUUAAAAAUGCAACAGCAGAAAUCACCCUGUGACAUAGUGAUAAUCUGGCUUGGGAAAUAAACUGACCUGUGUGGUAGUGAUGAAAUAUUCAAGUUCAUUAAAAUGUAAUAUAAACUGAAUUUAUGCAUGUUUUUUUGAAGAGACAUCGGUAAGCGUAUUUAGCUGGUCCAGAAAUCAGUACACCGCACAGUCUUGAUGCUCAAUGCUGAAUUAACCCACCCCUAUCUCUGCCACAAAAUGGUAUCACCCUCACAUCAAGCUCCUGUUAGUCAAUGCCGCUCGAAGCAUGUCCGUACUGGCACUCUACGCAGGGGAUAAAUGGCUUUAACAUGUUCCGCGUAAUAAGAGUGGACUCUAUGAAACUGCUGUUAAUGAGCUAAUUGGUAGCUCAGCCAAGAUGGAUGUCUUUAUGAAGGGGUUGUCUAAAGCGAAAGAGGGGAUGGCUGUGGCUGCAGAGAAGACCAAGGAGGGAGUUGCAGUCGCGGCUGAAAAGACUAAAGAAGGAGUCAUGUUUGUAGGUAGCAAGGCCAAAGACAGCGUGGGUUCAGUGGCUGAGAAGACCACUGGAGCCAUGGGAAAUAUUGCUGCCGCCACUGGCCUGGUGAAGAAGGACGAGUUCCCAUCUGACAUGAACCCUGAGGAGUAUGGGCAGGAGGCAAUGGAGGGCCAGGGAGAGGGAAUGCUGGAGGCAGAAGGGGAGACAUAUGAUGAGAACCAGGAGAGCCAGGACUACGAGCCAGAGGCGUAAAAGCACCAUUCCAAGCCACCAUCCAACCAGCAGCACAAUAAUAUUUCUAAUAAUAACAAGGACAAAUGCUGAAACUAUUCCAAUUAUACCCCUGUUGCAAAAAACAAAAAAACAAAAAACAACAACAAAAAAGACAAGCAUUCCCACUGAAAAUGUUCUUCCUUGAGACAAAUCUUUUAUUAUUAUAUAUUGUAAAUGUCAUGUUAUUAAUGUAAUGUGUUGGGUGUAGGUAUUUAUUGAGGUGUAGGAUUUGUCCUCUCUGUCUCAUUUCCUUGAUUCCCUCCCAAUGAAAUGAGACCAGAGCCGGGGCUUGUGACUUUGUACCUGUGUGUAUCUGUAUUUAGAAAUGUGCAAUAGAUGUUCAUCAUCUUCCAAUGAGACAUUGGGAGUGGAAAAAAUAAAUUUGUCCGGUUGCAAGCAGAUAUGAAAACAAUAAUAUCCUCCUAAGUGUCGACAAUGCCUGUUUGUGGGUUCUUUCCUUUUUCUUUUUUUUGCAUUUCUUUGGGAGUUUCUUUGGACAUUUUUGAAGUAAGAGUUUUUUACAUUGUAUCUUUAUAGUUGCUUGUGAAAUCAUUCCAGUAAACUAUCUGUUAGAAAUGGACAGAGUAUACAUGUUUGUGUGUGCGUGUGUUUGUGUGUACUGAAGAUUUUAAGAAGUUAAAGUCAAUAUAUUAUGUCUUGAAUUCAUAAUGGUUGUCAUAUCAAUAUGUGCUUUAAAUUGCAGGACUUGUCAAUAUAAAGGUUUAUGUGUUAAGCCAGACAUACAUUCCUCUGUAAAUAAAAAGUAAAAAAGAAA